AUGGCUGCACGGCGGUCAAGGUCUCCAUCGGUCCCAUCAGAGGGUGAGAUCAUCGAGUCAGGCUCAGAUACGAAGGCAACUACGUCGCAAACCUCUCUUUAUAAUGACACCAGCGUUGACCGUAACCCCAGAAACGAUGUUCUACCUCCAAAGUCCCCUAAGUCUUCGCGGCCGUACCGUUCUGAACGCUCAAGGUCCCGCUCGCCAUACUAUAGAUCUUCCCGAGGCGAAAAACGAAGACGAGACGACUACUAUGACUAUGAUAGGGGCGGCCGUGGGGGACGUGUGAAGUUCUCAAAUGACACAUACGAUGACAACUACUAUCGCCGUGGAAGCUCUCGCAGACACAACCAACGCUCAUACUACGAUCAUGAUAAGAACGAUGGCUAUGACCGGGAUAGCCGAGACUUGCAGUAUAGUGACGAUUACAGACCAGGUAAGCGGCCUAGAACACGGAGCCGCUCCCCAUACCGAGAUCCUAGAAGUCAGAAAAAAUACUCUGGCGAUGAAGUCAACGCCUCGGAAAUAGAUGGCAAGGGCAUAGCUCGCGGGCAGGGGGGCAUUAAGUUGUGUACAGAACAGUCAGUGAGCGAACGAGGAAAUCCCUCAGUUAGCGCUCAAACUUGGAAACAAAAGGCUGAAAAUGGAGAAUCUCAGAUACAGCAGAAUCGUUCCAUCACUGAAGCUAGCAAGGAUGCGAAACCAUCUGUUCAAGACAAAGACGCAGAUACUGAAAUGUCCAUAGAACCAGUUGAUGAAGCUACUCUGAUUGAACAAAGGCGGAAACGCCGUGAAGCUAUCAAGGCUAAGUAUCGUGAUGCUCCGAAGCCUCUUAUUGUCCAGGCCUUGAAGCCUGUGAAUCCGUCCGACUCUGUAGCAAAUGGCUCUGCUAAACCUACUCCGAAUGCGGAUGAAGCAGCAUCAUCCGCUCCGUCACCAAUGGCAACUCCCAUUGACACCCCAGGUUCGCAGUCACCUGCUAACUUCGAGGUUUCAAAGGAUGAAGACCUUGCCAACACAGAUUUACGGGAUAGGAGCGGAAUUAAUAAGGAAGAGCCCUGUGCAGCUGAUUAUGACCCGACGUCUGAUAUGAGAGAGGAUAAGAAGAGACAUGACAAGCGGCACUUUGGAGAUGAUAUAUCUGCGGCCUCUUAUGACGAGACCAAGACAGGCCAGCCUGCCACUGCCAUAGUUCAACAAGCAGAAGAAUCAAAUCCAGCAAAUGUCAAAGAUGAUUUCGACAUGUUUGCUGAGGGUGAUGAUGAUAUGUUUGCUGAAGAACCGCCUUCGUCUACGCGACCAAAUGGCCCAACUGGGAUUUCAAAGGCUCAGGAACUUGAUAUGAGCAUGCUUGAUAAUUGGGAUGACCCUGAGGGUUACUACAAUGUCAUGCUGGGUGAGUUGAUCAACGGUCGGUAUCACGUCCAGCAAAUUCUAGGCAAGGGGAUGUUCUCUUCCGUUGUCCGUGCUACAGACUCGAAGACAGGAAAAUUAGUGGCCGUGAAGAUUGUUCGGAACAAUGAUACCAUGAGGAAAGCAGGCAUGACGGAAAUCGAUAUACUACAAUUGCUACAAAACGCGGACCCAGACGAUAAAAAGCACAUCAUCAGGUUUGACAGGCAUUUUGACCAUAAAAAUCACCUGUGCAUGGUUUUUGAGAAUCUCAGCAUGAACCUUCGCGAAGUCCUCAAGAAAUUCGGUAGGGACGUUGGUAUCAACCUACGAGCCAUCCGGGCGUAUGCUCAACAAAUGUUCCUCGGGUUAAGCCUUCUUCGCAAAUGCAACAUCCUCCACGCAGAUAUUAAGCCCGACAACCUCCUAGUUAAUGAGAAUAGAAACCUUCUCAAGAUAUGUGAUCUUGGCUCUGCCUCCCUCGCCUCAGAAAAUGAGAUAACCCCUUAUCUCGUCAGUCGAUUCUACCGAGCCCCUGAAAUCAUACUUGGGAUCCCGUAUGAUCAUAGCCUGGACGUCUGGUCUAUAGGUUGCACGCUCUUCGAGCUUUAUUCUGGGAAAAUACUCUUUACAGGACGCAAUAACAACCAGAUGCUCCGGUCCAUCAUGGAAUGCCGUGGUAAAUUCCCGCCAAAGUUCCUACGACGCGCGACAUUAGCACAUCUACACUUUGACGACCUCCUCAAUUUCCGCAGCCUGGAGGAAGACAAGAUUACAGGUCGCAUGGUGACUAAGAUUCUUGACUUUAAGAAGCCCUCACGAGACCUAAAGUCUCGGUUGAUUGGAAAAGGCGCAAGACUGAAUGAUGCAGAGUCCAAGGAGAUCAUGAUGUUCAUUGACCUCCUUGACCGUUGUUUGAAUCUGAACCCAGAGAAACGAUGUACUCCUUCAGAAGCACUUCGCCAUCCAUUCAUUGCUAGGCACAACAAAGUUUGA